CGCGCGCGCGCGGUGCCCUCCCCGUGACGUGCCUGGCCGAGGCCGCGCAAGGGCGCUGUUGCUGCCAGAGCCGCUGUCAUGGCGUCCGAGGCGCUGGCUGAAGAGAACCCGCCGCGGUCUCCUUAGAGCAAGGGGCUGGCGGCUGGGUAUGGAGAGCGGCCCCGGGAGCCUGCAGCCGCUAGAACACAGGGUGGCCGCCGAGCCAGCGCUAGGGACAGGUUCUCCGCCGGAAGGGCAACCGGAGACCAGGCUCGCCUCUGGGGAUGGUCCUGGAGUAUGGGCGACGGAGAACAGCGGCGGGAAUGGGCAGGGGGCGGCGGCCGCCGGGAGGAGCCUUUUGGACUCGGUUUCUCCAGCCAGCUCUCCUCAGGUUCCUGGACCCUGCAGCUCUUGCCCGGGCUUGGACUUAAAGGAGAAUGAUUUGGAGAAUCCUGCUGCCCAGAAGACGCCUCCGAGAGGGCAGUACAAGGUGACCGCCUCCCCGGAGACAGCCGAGGCCGGAGCGGACCAUGGAUCGGGUCCGGCCGGAGACGCCGGCCCCCGCCCGGAUCCCGCCGGCACCUGCGGGGCAGAGUUGGCGGCCGCCGGGUCCGAAGAGCCCAGCAGCGCCGGCGGCCUCAGCAGCAGUUGCAGCGACCCGAGCCCUCCUGGGGAAUCGCCGAGCCUGGACUCCCUGGAGUCGUUCUCUAACCUGCAUUCUUUCCCCAGCAGCUCUGAGUUUAAUAGUGAGGAGGGAGCCGAGAACAGGGUCCCCGGGGAGGAGGAGGAGGAGGAAGAGGGCGCCGGCGCGGGCGCGGCGGUGUUGCCUGGGGCAGUGCCUCUGUGCCGCGAAGAGGAGGAGGAGGGGGAGGAAGCUCAGGUACUGGCGGCCUCCAAGGAACGCUUCCCGGGACAGUCUGUCUAUCACAUCAAGUGGAUCCAGUGGAAGGAAGAGAACACACCCAUCAUCACUCAGAAUGAGAAUGGACCCUGCCCUUUGCUGGCCAUCCUCAAUGUUUUGCUUCUGGCCUGGAAGGUGAAACUUCCACCGAUGAUGGAAAUCAUAACUGCUGAACAGCUGAUGGAAUAUUUAGGAGAUUACAUGCUUGAUGCAAAGCCAAAAGAAAUUUCAGAAAUUCAACGCUUAAACUAUGAGCAGAAUAUGAGUGAUGCUAUGGCAAUCUUGCACAAACUACAGACAGGCUUGGAUGUAAAUGUAAAAUUCACUGGUGUUCGAGUAUUUGAAUAUACACCAGAAUGCAUUGUAUUUGAUCUUCUUGAUAUUCCUUUAUACCAUGGGUGGUUAGUGGAUCCACAGAUUGAUGACAUUGUAAAAGCUGUUGGUAACUGCAGCUACAACCAACUAGUGGAGAAGAUCAUCUCUUGUAAGCAGUCAGACAAUAGUGAGCUCGUUAGUGAAGGCUUUGUAGCUGAGCAGUUUCUAAAUAACACAGCCACUCAACUGACAUACCAUGGAUUAUGUGAACUAACUUCAACGGUUCAGGAAGGAGAACUUUGUGUGUUCUUUCGGAAUAAUCAUUUUAGCACCAUGACCAAAUACAAGGGUCUACUGUAUUUGCUGGUAACAGACCAGGGGUUUCUUACUGAAGAAAAAGUUGUUUGGGAAAGCCUACACAAUGUGGAUGGUGAUGGAAAUUUCUGUGACUCAGAAUUUCAUCUGCGGCCUCCUUCAGAUCCUGAAACUGUAUAUAGAGGACAGCAAGAUCAGAUAGAUCAGGACUACCUUAUGGCAUUAUCUCUACAACAAGAACAGCAGAGCCAAGAGAUCAAUUGGGAACAAAUACCUGAAGGAAUCAGUGAUUUGGAACUAGCAAAGAAACUCCAAGAAGAAGAGGAUAGACGGGCUUCUCAAUAUUAUCAGGAGCAGGAACAAGCAGCAGCUGCUGCUGCUUCUGCUUCUACACAGGCCCAGUAGGCUCCACGCCCAGUGUGGAGCCCAACGCGGGGCUUGAACUCACGACCCUGAGAUCAGGACCUGAGCUGAGAUCAAGAGUCGAAGCUUAACCGACUGAGCCACCCAGGCGCCCCUUCAGUUGUUUUUUGUUUUUUUGUUUUUUUAAUUUUAAUUCCAGCAUAGUUAACAUACAGUGUUAUAUUAGUUUCAGGUGUACAACAUAGUGAUUUAACAAUUCUAUGCAUUAUUCAAUGCUUGUCAAACUAAGUGUACUUUUAAUUGCCUUCACCUAUUCCCCCCAUUCCUCUGUCUCCAUCCACUUCCCUCUGGGAAGCAUCUGUCUGUUAUUUAUGGUUAAGAGUCCAUUUUUGGGUUCGUCUUUUUUUCUUUGUUCAUUUAGUUUUGUUUCUAAAAUUCCACGUAUGAGUGAAAUCAUGCUGAUUGGCUUCUCCGGCUUAUUUCACUGAGUGCUAUACUGUCUAGCUCCAUCCAUGUUGUUGCAGAUGGCAAGAUUCCAUUCUUUUUCAUGACUGAAUAAUAUUCCAUUGUGUAUAUACCAUGUAUCUAUCCAUUUGUCUAUUGAUGGACACUUAGUUUGCUUCCAUAAUUUGGCUAUUACAAAUAAUGCUGCAGUAAACAUAGGAGUGCAUGUAUACCUUUGAAUUAGUAUUUUGUAUUCUUUAGGUAAAUACCCAGUAGCAUAAUUGCUGGGUCGUAGGGUAGUUCUGUUUUUAAUUUUUUGAGGACUCUCCAUACUGUCUUCCACAGUACCUGCAUCAGUCUGCAUUACCACCAGUGCAUGAGGGUUCCUUUUUCUCCACAUCCUCACCAAGUCUUAUGUUUUAGAAUUUAGCCAUUCUGACAGGUGUAAGGUGAUAUUUCAUUGUGCUUUUGAUUUGCAUUUCCCUAAUGAUGACUGAUGUGGAGUAUCUUUUCAUGUGUCUGUUGGCCAUCUGUAUGUCGUCUUUGGAGAAAUGCCUGUUUAUAUCUUUGUCUUCUGCCCAUUUUUAACUUUUUUAUUUUUUAAUUAUUUAUUUACUUAAAGGGGAGUGAGUGAGCAAGCGGGAAGGACAGGGAGAGGGGAUCUGAAGCAGAAUCUGCCCUGAGUGCAGAGCCCAACGUGGGGCUCAAUCCCAAAACUGUGAGACCACGAACUGAGCUGAACCAAGAGUCAGACACCCAACCGACUAAGCCACCCAGGCACCCCUUCUUCUGCCCAUUUUUAUUUGGAUCAUUUGUUUUCUUGGUGUUGAGUUGUAGAAGUUCUUUAUAUAUUUUGGAUACUAACCCUUUAUCAGAUAUGUCAUUUACAAAUAUCUUUUCCCAUUCAGUAGGUUUUCUUUUAGUUUUAUUGUUUCCUUUGCUGUGCAGAGCUUUUUAUUUUGAUGUAGUCCCAAUAGUUUAUUUUUACUUUUGUUUCCCUUGUGUCAGGAGAUAGAUAUGUCUCCUGACAUAUCUGACAUAAUAACAAAGAUGUUAUUAUGGCUGAUGUCAGAGAAAUUAUUGCCUAUGCUCUCUUCUGGUAUUUUUAUGGUUUCUCACAUUUGGGUCUCAUAUUUAGGUCCUUAAUCCAUUUUGAGUUUAUUUUUAUGUAUGGUAUACAAAAGUGGUCCAGUUUCAUUGCUUUGCAUGAACUGUCCAGUUUUCUCAAUGCCAUUUGUUGAAGAGACUUUUUCCUGUUGCAUAUUCUUUACUCCUUUGUCAAAGAUUGACUAUAUAACUAUAGGUUUAUUUGUAUGUUUUCUAUCCUGUUCCAUUAAUGUAUGUCUCUAUUUUUAUGCCAGUAUCAUACUGUUUUUUCUUUUUUUACUUUAAUCUCCACACCAGACAUGGGGCUCAAACUCAUGACCCUGAGAUCAAGAGUGGCAUGCUCUUCUGACUAAGCCAGCCAAGUGCCCCAGAAUCAUACUGUUUUGAUUACUACAACUUCUGUAAUAUAAUUUGAAGUCUGGAAUUAUGAGACCUCCAGUUUUGUUUUUCUUUUUCAAAAUUGCUUUGGCUAUUCAGUAUUUUUUGUGGUUUCAUGCGAAUUUUAGGAUUGUUUGUUCUAACUCUGUGAAAAAUACUGUUGGAAUUUUGAUAGGGAUUGCAUUAUAUCUGUAGAUUGCUUUGGGUAGUAUAGACAUUUUAAUAAUAUUUGUUCUUCCAAUCCAUGAGUGGGGAAUAUCUUUAUAUUUCUUUGUGUUGUCUUCAGUUUCUUCAGUUUCAGUGCUUUAUAAUUUUCAGAGUACAGAUCUUUCAUCUCUUUGGUUAAGUUUUUUUCUAAGUAUUUUAUUAUUUUUGGUGCAACUGAAUCAAAUGUAUUUUUUGAAUUGUUAAUAGUUCCAAAGAAUAUAAACAAAUGGGAACAAAGUCUUUUGUAGCAAUUAGAGGGCAGUAUGAGGUACUGGUAGGAAGAAUGUAGACUUCAGAGCCAGAUAGACAUGGAUUCCAUUUCCUGCUUCUGUCUCCCCAUGCUAGUUGUAACUAACACCUUGGACAAAGUCCUUUACUUCUCUUAGCCCCAUUUUCCCUAUCUGGAAAAUAAAAGAUAAUGUUUAACUGUUAGAUUUGUGGGUAAGAACAAAUAAUGUUAGUACUUAACCCAAUGUCUGACAUGUACUAAGUAUUCAACAAAGGUUAUUAGCACCUUUCUACUUUUCCUAGUUAAACAUAUGAAGCACUGAAAAUGUGACUAUUAAUUGGGUUUCUUUAUAUUAAAUCUCAUUUUAUUAAAUGAAAAAAAUAUUUCCCUUCUUUUAUGUUUAACUGUACAAUGCCAGAACGGUUUCUUUGUCUUGGGUAUACAAGAAAACAAGAUGUGCUUUAAGGUCUGAUGAAACAUUAAACAUAGAGGUCUCCAUUAAACCAAGUUAUUUCUAUUCCUAGUUCAAAUGUUGACUAUUCCAAGUUUAAAAGUUAAAACCUACCAUAUUAUAAGUACCUUUUCUUUAAGAAUGUUCUUAUUUCACAGAAUACACUUACUUCACACUCAAAGUUCUCAGGAUUUUCAUUUUUCUCCUUUAAAAUGUUUAUUAUAUUAAUGAGAUUUAUUAUAGUUUAAUGAGGUUUUAGGGAACUUAAUUUACCAAACAUUACCUUUUCUUUUUUUAACAUUUUCUAAACUUUAACAUAAAUAUUUCUUGAAUUUGAGAUUUCAGGGAAUAUAAUCCUAUACAUUAUUUACUGUUUAAAAUUCCAUUUACUGAGAAUAAUGGAUACAUUAAUUAGAUCUAUCCAAAAUGACAGAGGCAGUUACUCAGAUACCAUGUAACAUAACAAGUCUGUGUACAAGUAACUUUUUUCCAUUAAUGAUUCCUUUCACUCUUGUGGUUUUUCCUUCUAGAUAACUAUGAUUAAGCACCUUAGAAAGUUGAGGUAAUUUCUUCCUGUUUAUUUUUCUUAAAGCAAAGCCAGCCAGCACAAGCCUCUCCAAGUAGAAGACAACCUGGGAAUAGUGAACGUAAACGAAAGGAACCUCGAGAAAAAGAUAAAGAGAAAGAAAAGGACAAAAAUAGCUGUGUCAUUUUGUAACAAGUGUUGGAUUCUGUUGGAUGCAUCUAUAUGUCUUGAGAAACAAAACCACAGGAGGAAAGGAAGAAAAACCGAUAAAUACCGUCUGUGCCUGAUUUCCCAAUGGAUUUUGUUCAUGUUUUUCAGGGGAAAGGUUGUUAACUUAGUUACAAUCAGACUUUUUCAAGUCACACAGUACACUCUUUAUGAGCUGGAGUUUCGUGUUACAAGUUGGAAAUGCUGUGUGUUAUCAUUCAUGAAAUAUACUGCACUUGUAGCCAAAUAAGCAAAUCACAGCAAAUUUUGUGUCAUAGUGACAUUCAUAACUCAUAUCAGUUAGUAAGCUAUUUUAUCUUCUGUUCUAACAAUGAAUAGAGGUAACUUAUUUUGUCUGAUUCCUUCCUGAAAUCUAAAUAUUAGCACAAUAGUUUCUGAAAUUAAUUUUUACAAUGUUAAAUUAUGAUCUAAUUCAAGAGAAACCAGGGAUUUAAUAUAGGGAUGUAAAAAGAAAAAACAAAAACAAACAACAAAAGAACCAAGACGAAAAAUAACAGAAAUAAAUAGCCCUUAAUCCUGUAUUGGACUAGUUCAGCCCUUGAACAGCUUUACCUUUCUUUAGGAAUGUACAUUUUAGAUAUUAUCUUGAGAACUGAUAAUGGAGUUUGGGUUUAAUUUAGAUAGAAAAAACAAUUUGUAUUUCUUUUCCAAUAGCAAAGAAUUGCAUAACAAUAAUACUCAUUCUAUCAAAAUCAGAUAUUAAUGACUUUGUAGUAUUGUGAAAUUUUGAGGAAUUUUGAAAUCUUUAAUAUAGGUAACUUGUACUACAGUUACUAUUUAUUGACAGUGUGAUAACUGAGUAUAAGAAGGAAACCACAGUGGAUGCUAGGCCUUGUAAAUAUGGGUUGUAGAAAAACAGAUAGUUCAGUGUCUACCUUUUUCUAGAAUUACCUUGAACCUUAAAAUUUAAAUCAUGUUUAUUUGCUGGGAAAUUAAGUAUACUUAUUAAAGCCAACAAAAAAGCACAUUUCUGAAAGGAAGUUAGAAAUAAUCUCUGAGACUAGUGAAAAGGCAUUAAUAAAAAUCUGUUUGAAAAAUAGAUAAGACUUAGGAGGUAAAAGCAAUCAGAUUUUUUUUUAACUUAUGGGAACCAAAUAGACCUAUAACAUCUUGUAGUGUUUAUAGGAUUCAGAAAGAAAUAUUUAUUGAACUUUAUUAUGAGGCAACACAUUUUUUCCUGUAUUUCUACUAUCCUUAAUAGUCCUUUUUAUAUGCUUUAUAUUUAAACGUUUGUUUUAGUUAUUUUUGAAGAGACUAUUGCUGCUCCAAGUAGUUACGUGAUUUACAUUCUAAGCCUCAGUAAAUUUGUUUAAGAGCUUCUUAAUCUAACCUGAGCAUCCACUUGGAGAAUGUUCUUGGGAUCUAGGGUGACAAUAGACUACUAAAAACUGUGGUCUAGAGUUCUUAAGCUAUGUCCUUAACAUUCUCCAUGAUCCAAGACCAUUUAUAGGAUGGGUCUAUAUAUAAAAAUAAAAAGUAAAGUCUUAUUUAUGGAAGGAAUUAUUCUAAGGGAAAAAUCCAGGGUCAAGCUGUAUCUUUUAUGUCAUGUCCUUCUGUAUUGCAUGUGUAGUUAUGUUAUACCAUUUGUUUACUCCUUCAGAUUUCCCAUGCUAGCAUGAUAAAUCAUCAGAGAACCUGUUUGGGGUAUAAAACUUUGAUAUAGAAUAUUUGGUGAGUCUCUAGUUAAUAACCUAAAAUAUGUGUACAUUGGUAAAGUAAUCAGAUGUACUACAGAAUUCUCUGUUGGCUCAAGCAGGUUGACCUUAGGCCAAGUUUACUCUUGAUACCACUCUAUUGGUUGAAGGAGGAAACUCAAACCUCAGGGUUUGUUUUUCCUAGAAUAGAUAGUAGUGACAGUGCACUAUAUUUUAAUAAGAAAAAGCAAAACAGCAAACCCUGAGAAAUUUUAAAAAGCAUAUUUGAGGCAUAUUUUUCCAUAAUUAUAUACUUAUCUAUUUAUUACCCUUGAGAAAUAUAUGUGUAAAAGUUAUUCUUCUGUUAUUUGUUACUAUCUUCUUAAUUUGUUCCAAAGAUAAUACUGCCAUUCUGCAUUCCCUCUGGAAGAAAAAAACUCACUCAAAACCAGCAGUGCUGCUAUCAGAUAAGUAGAUGUCAAUGUAUACUUAUAAAAAAAUAACUUAAAAAAUGUAAUGUGUUUGUUAAUUCAACCUUUUUUCUAUGUAAUAUUUCCAAGUCAAACUUUCUUACAUUCCUGGACUUCAGUUUGAUAUACCCAGAGUAAUAAUGAUAAAAUGUUUGCUUUGAUUACUGUGAGGAAAAAAUCAAAUGUUCAGUUCUAUUAAAACAGACUUCUUGGAGAUAACUGGUUUUCCAUCCUUGAAGGUUAGAGCUAUUGUGUCUUUAUUUUCUUAUAUUUUGCUCAAGGCAACAAAUUAUACAUUCAGACGUUUCAUUGCUGGUUUGGGUACAUUGGAAUUUGAUAGUGGUAUAGUCAAGUCUUUCCUUCAGUGUUUUGUAGUACUUGAAAAUUGUUACAUGAAUUGCUAACAAGAUAGAACUUAAACAUUUUUGUUGUUAAUCUUUAUAGGCUAGAUUAGGGACACGUUUGCAUCAACCAGUCGCUGUUAGAUUUAGCAAAACAGACAUGAAUGAGUGAAUAUAUGGUCACUACACUUUCUUAUAUUUUCAAAAGCUAUUCCUGAAGUUUAGUGACCAGUCUUCCUUACGAAUAUGAAAAUUGUCCUGAUGUGUAAUCCCAUUGAAUUAACAAUGCUGUGAUUUACAAUAGGUUAUCAACACUUAGAAGUAUUUGUGUGUGUUUAUCUGUGUGUUUCUGAAGCAAGGAUCCGUUGAUUUUUAUUAACAAAAGAAUCUGGGAACUUUCCCUCAAAUUUAAGAAUUACCAUUUAAGAAUAUACACACAUACAUAUGUACAUACAUACACUAAGCAGUUUGAGGCAGCUAAAAUUGGCAUUGGCUGCUUAGGGGUUCAGUGUGUUUAGGGGAAGUAACUUCUUCCAUGUUUCAAGGUGUCAUUUAGCGGUGGAAUGAGGCAUAGAUUUAAGUUUAGGAUUAGGUUUUGGAAUAUAUUUUGUUUUAGUGUCUCAUAUUUCUAGUAUUUGACAAUUUAUCCCAUACUAUGUUUCAAAUUCUUCCUCAUACUUCCUGAUCUUAGCUUAAUCAAACAAGUCAGUAUCAGAGAUUAGUUGACUGAACCAUUAACCAUUAACCAUUUUGUACUUGCACAAAACCAUAGUACUUUGUUUUUACUGAAUCACCAGCUUAGGUCACUAAGAAAGAUCUUGAGAUGAAAGAGGACUCGAAGUCAAAUAGACAUUUAAGGAAAGAAUUGUUAUAGUUCCUAUAUUAAUGUUGGCAUAUGAAGUGGAUAUCAGUAAAGUCCUACUGGAGAAAUAUUCAAGGCAAGAUUUUCCAGAAUUAUCCUCAAACUCAUUUAUUUAAAAAAAAUUCUUUUAAGCAAAAAAGCAAAUUGAUUAUUACAUUUCAUUUAAUGUCCCAUUAAAUAUACAAGUUUUUAAAAUAUAAUGGAAAACUUAACAGGCUUUACCUAUCAUACAACACUUGGGCAUACAACUUAAACUAUCACUGUAAACUUACUAAUGCUUGAUAAAAUAAGAUGGAGGCAUUAAAAAUAGUACAAAAUUUGUAUUUUAAGGAAAUACAAAUGGGGAAAUGUGGAAGUCUGAACUGUUUUAGGUCUAAAAAAAUCUAGAUUUUAUCUUUCCAGGGGCAAACUUUCUGUGCCUCACUUUAUUUUAAAUAUGUAAAAGAUGCUCAUUUUUUUAGUGCUUUAUACUCCUGAAUAAAGGACAUAGUAUAAGCUCAGAAUAUUACUUAAAUAAUAAUAAAUAUUAUAGUUUUUGUUCUUGAGUGUAGAGAUCUUUUUCCCAAUGACAAUAUUUCUUAAAAGUCAGUUUUUUUAAUGCUGUUAAAAUUUGUAGAAUUAUCUUGUCUUUGAGUAUGGCAUCAUCUCUUCCCAAAGUGUAUUUUAUGGUUGCUUUUCUGUUCUAAUCGAAGUUGAGAGGAUUUUGAGAGUUUAAAAAGCAUUUAAAGUCUAUUUUUCCCAGUAUCUUUCAUGUAUCUAAAUAUUUUAGAUUCUCUUUGCCUUUUCUCCAUGGAACAAAGUACAGUGAUAUCAAGUUACUAAUGCAUAUAUGUAAAGUUUUGUGCAUGGAUGGAAUUCAUUUAGGUCUGUUAAAAUACUGUCAUUUUUUGGGCUAUUUGAAUUAUUUCUGUUUUUAGUAUAAAAUGUUAUUUGAUAAUGUGCAGAUUAAUUCCUUUUAGAAAGUGACUAAAAAUCAGAAUCCUUCGGUCCUCUGAGAAUAUAGUGGUUUUUUAUUUUGUUUUUUUUUUUUUACUGAUAUCCAAUAUUUCCGUAGCUGCUGAGAAAAUCUUAUGAAGAACUGAGGUUACUUCUCUGAAGUAACACUUUAAAACAAACUGAAGUUUAAAAUCGAAGCCUUCUUGGCCAAAAAACUGCAAAACAGAGAAAAUGGAGUCUGAGGGACAGAUUGCAGGACCCAAGUAAUUUUAACUUCUUUUGAAGAUCUAUCUAAAUUUUAAUUAACAAAUAUCUGUUAAUACCAGUAUCUCUGCUAUUAGAAAUUAGAGUUUAAUACAUUGUGAAUAUGUGUAUGUAUUUUUACAUAAAGUAUCCUAGUUUCUAAUUUCACUUUUCUGAUUAAAAAAGUUAAACUCAAAAAACUAGGUCAAAGUUUUCAACAAUAGCUGAACGAUUACCAAGUUCUGCUUUGUCCUAUUGUCCUGAGAUUUAGACUUCUCUUCUUAAAGCUGGUAUUUUUGAGAACAUGGUACUAUCCCAGAUAAGGUAUUGAAACACUAUGGCAGAAAUAUAAAACCUAAACUAUAAAUCACUAUAGAUUUAAAAGACAAAAAGCUCUAGUAUUAUUCUAUAAUGUGUCUGUUUGAUAUUAAUUUUAAGAAUUUUUUUUGAAUCACUUAAUAAUGUCAUUAACUUAAAAAAUUUCAUACCCUUCCUCAUUGUAAUAUCCUGUAGUUAAAGAAUGCACAAAGCAAAACUCUUUUGAAGGUGAUCCUGGCUUCUUUGGGUCUAGUGGUCACACCUUUAAAUAGGAAGUCAGGAAACUGAAAUGCCCAUUUAAAUUCCCAAAUCAGUGACCUGUCCAAAUGGACAUUAUCACUAAAAUACCACCAUAAAGUAGUUCUAACUAACAGUAUGUUUAAAGACUAAGAUUGGCAUUUAAUCUUUGAAGAUGUCUGGUAUUCUCAAUUUUGUCAGUUUUUAUUCCUUUUUACAUCUUAGUUGUAUGAGGUAAUCAUUUUUUCCCAGAGUACAUGGGAUAUUAUAGCUUUACAGAUUUUUAAAGAUGGGGAUUUGAAAAAUGGUUUUUGUUAAAAAGCAAUUUUCCUCAAUAAAAUGACAACCACUGUUUUCACAGA